GCUGCGCAUGUGCCAAAAAUAAACAUUUUGAAAAAGGGUAGGCGUUGUGCUGACUACAUUCCAAUGGAUCGUUCACUCUGCCUGCGGAGUUAGCAGCCCGUUAGAUUACAGCCAACAUAUUAUGAAUUUGAUAUGAAAAAGUAUUUGCUUCUUAAAUGUGGUAUGUGUCCAUGUUUUCAAGUCGUGUAGCCAUAACCAUUGAAACGGAAACCACGGCGCCUCCCAUUUGGCGCAUUAAAACGCCUAUUUCUUGCAUCUCAGAGAUAGUUUAACGUUACUAACGUUCGCUUACAUGCCUAUGCUAUUCUGCUUCGGAUUGCCACAUUUGUUAACUACAUUACUGAUCAUUCACAGUUUUGUGGAAGGUACCUGUGGCGCUGAUGUUUAGGCCAAGGGUAACAUCAUGCGCAGGACUGAGAUGAGAGAGCGACGGAGCAUAUGAAGAUGUCCCUAAAGACUGCUAAAACAUGGUGCUUUAGACUGAUCGCUAUUGUUCUGUUCUUCGUCUCCUACUACUGCUCCCAUGUCUUCCUCCAGAGCUAUGGAGGCACCAGCAAGGCUCCUCCAACUCCGAGCAAGUCACUGUGUGGUGGCUGGCUAAAGCAGAAGUGGGAGAGCCUCAAUUUUAACAUUAGCAGACAAACACAGCUCUUCUUCAAACUGGAUGAUUUCUUCUGGCGACAUAAUCAGUCCACUCUUGCAUUACCCUACGGUAUUAAAGGCAGUGAGUUGCUGCUGCUGAAGGUUUUAGCCAUUAUUGCCAAUUACAAAAUGCCGGCCAGCAUUGAUAGUCUAGACUGCAGAACGUGUGCAGUCAUAGGAAAUGGGUUUGCCAUUAAAAACAGCUCCUUGGGCGGCAUCAUCAACGAGUACGACAUGGUGAUCCGGCUAAAUGACGCCCCCGUCAGAGGUUAUGAGGACGACGUGGGGAACAAGACCACUAUGCGUCUCUUCUACCCUGAGUCGGCCUCCUACAACCCCAGCAUGCACAAUGACCCCGACACCCUCAUGGUCCUAGUGCCUUUCAAACAGCAGGACCUCCGCUGGCUCAAGGAGAUCCUGUACGACGAGAAGAGGGUGAGGAAGGGUUUCUGGAAGCCCCCUCCACAGAUCUGGCUUGGCAGUACCAGUCGCAUCCGGGUGCUGGACCCUCACUUCCUGCAUGGCACGGCCAGCAGUCUGCUACAAAUCCCCCUUCACCCAAAGAGAAAACAGGUCCAUCUGCCAAGAGAGCCUGUUCAGUGCAUGGUGGAGAUGUCUUUGAGAUGGAACAAAGCCAGGUUUAGUUUGUUCUCCCAGCGAGCCCCUAAGCUGUGCACCCUUUGGACUGCUGAAACAACAUUGAGCCAAGGUAACAGUGGUAAAGAAGGGGUACUGCAGGCGAUCAGUCCGACAGUAGCCUUCCAUCUGCGUGGCCCUAUUGGCCACUCCGAGCACUCGGCCCUGACCCCUUUCCCCACUCUCUCCUCUGUCUUGUCUCUUUCCUGGGUCAGAGGAGCCUGUGUGUGCCCCGUCAGCCAGCAGGAGGCUAAGAGGGCCUGACCGCAGACCCACAGCCCCCAUGCCUCUCUCACCCCGCCCCGUGGGUGCCAUGUUGGCAGUCAUCCACAUGCCCUGUGAGAAGGCAGCAGCAGGCAGUCCCCCUGGUUACAAUAGAGGCUGACUGAGCUGAGGGCUAGAGGGCUAACUAAUGCCCCUGCCAGUCACAGUCCCCAACGCCUCUCCCACCCCUUUCCAAAACAAAGAUCCCACUCCCACCACUCUGGUCUGGCUGGGGAACAGCAGUGACAAUAUUCACCCCCUCUCACCAAGGCUCCAUGGGCCCACGUCCAAACUAUGCGACGCACUACAGAAGUUGGAGUGCUCGUUGACCGACCACAUUAGGCUAAUGCACCCAGACCAGCCAGGCUCAUUAGGAACUUGGUUUGGAGGAAUGUCCCCAACGGUGUGAUGAAGAGAAGUAGGGGUUUGAGAACUUGACUGGUCCUGUCCAAUUUCUCUCUCCUCGGGGCUUGGGGUUGGAUGUCCACCCCAGACCGGAUGCUCGUAAAGCCUCGCUCUGACAGAUACAUCCUUUUUCC